CUGGAAGAGUGGAUUUUGCGCCACGAACAACGGACGACACAGACAACACUGACACGACCACGACUGACGAUGCCUGUUCGCGCUGCUGAGGCGAAGGAUGCUGGGGCCAUUGUGGACCUGAUCCGCCUUCUGGCCGUCUACGAGAAGGAGGAGGCCCAGAUGAAGAUGACGGAGGAGCAGUUCCGGAAGGAUGGCUUUGAGGAGCCACGGCGCUUCCACUGCUUCGUCGCAGAGAACGACCAGGGCCAGGUGGUCGGCUACGCCCUCUACUUCUUCAUCUACAGCACGUGGGAAGGGGUGAGCAUGUACCUGGAAGAUCUAUUCGUGCGCAAGGAGGAGCGCGGCAAGGGAUAUGGCAUGGCCCUGGUACAGGCCGUAGUGGGCGAGGCGCAGCGCAACAGCUGCGCCCGCCUGCAGUGGCAAGUGAUUGACUGGAACGCGCCCGCGCUGGAGUUCUACAAGAACCGCAUGUUCGCGCGCGAACGCAUGGAGACCGGCGACGCCAAGUGGAUCAACAUGAUCAUGGGCCGCGAGGAGAUGGCAAAGUUCAUGGCAUCGCAGUGACACGCGAACUGGAACACAUGGCAGCGUUACUGCUUUAUGUGCAUGUGUGUGUUUGUGUGUGUCCGUGUCCGUGUCUAUGUGUGUGUGUGUGUCUGUCUGUCUAUCUGUUUGCCUGUCCACGUCUAUGUGUGUGUGUGUGUGUAUCGUUGGCGUUCAACGCACAAGUGUGCGGACAUGAUACUGAACUGGCGACAGCAGUGCCAGGAGUGUAAUGUUUGAGACAACAGUGCACACUUACGCAAAUAAACAAUCUUCCCCU